AUGGCCGUCGCUCACGGCAACGUUGCGGGGCUUCUCAGGAAACAUGGCUAUGCUGAGAUCAAGAAGGUCGGAGAAGGAUCCUUUGGAAAGGCCCUGCUGGUUCGUUCAGAGGACGGACAGAAGCUGAUUUGCAAAAUGGUGGAUGUGAGCAAGGCUUCACGGAAAGAAAUGGAGGAUGCUGUCAAAGAAGGCAAGCUGCUGUCCGAAUUGAAGCAUCCGUACAUUGUGCGCUACCGCGAGAGCUUCACAGAGAGUGGAUGGCUAUGUAUCCUCAUGGAUUACUGUGAGGGAGGUGAUCUCACAGCACGAAUAUCUGAGGCCAAGCGCGGCAGAAAGCCUCUCUCGGAGGAGCAGAUCUUGCGAUGGUUUGUGCAGGCCAUCAUGGCCUUAGACUAUAUCCAUAAGAAGCAUGUUCUACACCGCGACUUGAAGCCGUCCAAUUUCUUCUUGUCCAAGAGUGGGAAUUUGAAGAUGGGCGACUUUGGAAUUGCGAAAGUUCUCGCCUGCACUAUUGCCGUGGCGAAAACACAGAUUGGAACGCCAUACUACUUGAGUCCAGAGCUAUGUCAGGAAAAGGAAUACAAUUUUCCAUCCGACAUCUGGGCCAUGGGAUGCAUCUUGUACGAGCUUUGUGCGCGCAAAGUCCCGUUCGAUGCGCCCAACAUUCCGGGCCUUGUUCGCGAGAUCGUCAGGGGAACAAUUCCAAGCGUGCCGUCGUCUUACUCUCCGUUCGUGAGAGAGCUUGUCAGCCAGAUGUUGAACAGGAAUCCUGAGCGGCGUCCAAGCCCAGAGGAGAUCUUGGCGAAGCCCAGGCUCAGGGAAAUCAUGCAGCAGAUGUUGGAUGAGGCUCAAGAAGCCGCCCAGGCAGCUGACGAGCCCAGCGCUGGUGCAGAGCCACAUCCAGAGCCAGCUUCCUUAAGCAAUGCUGGGUCGCAAGCCGGAAGUCCUACAUAUCGAACGAACGACAUGGUUGAGUACUACUCCGUGUCACACGGAGAUUGGCUACCUGCCACCGUCCUACGGACUGAUGGUGAUGGCCGCAUCAUCAUUGACUUGAAGCCCAAUACGUGGCUGUCCAAGGAGGAUCAAGUGGCCAAAGUGCGACGGCGUCGCGAUUGCCCUGGCUCGAGGGGAGGCUCACCUAUGAGGACGCCUUCUGUUCCUGGGCCUGACAGAAACGGUCUCCGUGGUGGUGCAUUCCCAUCUCCACAAAUGGGGCGAAGCCCUUCCUCUGGGGCCAUUGGCGGGUCCAGGCCAGGCAGCCGACCAGGUUCCAGAGGGGCUUCGCCUCUGCAUCGCAGGAGCCCUGCCUUGGCUGCGGGCGCUAUUGCCGGGAUUGGAAGUCGCCCUGGCUCUGGUCUGGGCAGCCGUCCCGGGUCGCGGGCUGCGUCGCCCUCUCACAGAGCGCCAAGUCCUCGACAUGGUGACGCCUUGUACAAGAAAGGCGAGUUGGUCGACUACUGGUCCAUUUCACAUGGGGAGUGGCUGCCGGCAACCGUGGUCAACACCGACUUCGAAGGUCGCAUAGUAAUCGACCUGAAGCCAAAUACAUGGCUGACGAAGGAGGACCAAGCGUCGAAAGUGCGUCGAAGAAAUUUGGGCGGUCCUGGUAUGCCGUCAGAGGCUGGUUCGCAAAUUCGGCGUACUCCGUCCGCAGACCACUUUGCUGCGCCGCUUCGUGCGGCCUCCCCAAGGUGCGUACCUUCUCCUGGACGCGCCAUGUCGCCUCAUCGUGCACCCUCACCAUCAUGGCGUGGUUUUGGUGAGCCAGCAAUUCGGGCACCCAGCCCGAGAAGGCGCGAACCCACGCCGCGAAGAUCAGUGCCAGGAGUGCCGCCCGCAGGAGUUCCUCACCUUGGUGACAGUCCACUCCUUCGUGCAGGUGGAAAAAACAUUGCGGCUGGAUACUUGCCACCGUGA